AUGGCAGAGGAGAAGAGACAAGACACUCAGGAUGUUCCAGAAAUCAUCGAAGCUGCAGUGGCGGAAACCGUUGCUGCCGCACUAGCAGGAGCUGCUGGGCCAGUGCAGUUGGAUGAAACGGGCCAACCGCUGUCAAAAAAGGCUCUGAAGAAACUUCAAAAAGAGCGUGAAAAGCAAAAGAAAAAAGAAGAGAAGGCCCGCCAACUGGAACUGGAGAAAGAGCAGCGUGAGAAGCAGGCCUCUGAAAACGAUACUGCGAAGAAGAAUUACGGUAAACUACCGCUGAUUCAAUCACAGGAGAGAACCGGGGAACCACGUGUCAAGUUUGCUGAUCUGAGCGAGGCCGACGACAACAAGGAGGUUCUUUUCAGGGCAAGAAUCCAUAAUACGAGGCAGCAGGGUGCCACUUUGGCCUUCUUAACUUUGAGACAGCAAAGCGAGUUGAUUCAAGGUCUUGUCAAGGUCAACAAAGAUGGCUCUAUCACCAAGCAAAUGGUGAAAUGGACCGGGUCUUUGAACUUGGAAACAAUCGUGCUAGUGCGCGGUAUUGUCAAAAAGGUGGAAGAGCCAAUCAAAUCUGCCACCGUGCAGAAUUUGGAAAUCCACAUUACUCAAAUUCACUCAAUCUCUGAAACUGCAGAAGCAUUGCCAAUUCUUCUAGAAGAUGCAUCCCGUUCUGAAGCGGAAGCUGAAGCUGCUGGUUUACCGGUAGUCAAUUUGGAUACAAGAUUGGAUGCACGUGUUAUUGACCUUAGAACUGUCACCAACCAGGCAAUUUUCAAGAUACAAUCGGGUGUGUGCGCAUUGUUCAAAGAAUUUUUAUCAGGCAGAGAAUUUACUGAAGUUCAUACUCCGAAAUUGUUAGGUGCACCAAGUGAAGGUGGUGCGAGUGUCUUUGAAGUAAGCUACUUCAAAGGUAAUGCGUACCUAGCGCAAUCGCCACAAUUUCACAAGCAGCAAUUGAUGGUUGCAGACUUUGAACGUGUCUUUGAGAUUGCACCUGUCUUCAGGGCUGAAAAUUCCAACACUCAUCGUCACAUGACCGAGUUCACAGGAUUAGAUCUUGAAAUGACAUUUGAGGAGCAUUAUCACGAAGUUUUGGACACAUUGAGUGAACUCUUCGUUUUCAUCUUCACUGAAUUGAAAAAGAGAUACUCCAAGGAAAUUGAACUAGUCAGAAAACAAUACCCGGUGGAAGAAUUCAAAUUACCAAAAGAUGGUAAAAUGAUUCGUAUCAACUAUAAAGAAGGUAUCCAAAUGUUGAAGGAUGCUGGUAAAGAGAUCGGCGAGUUUGAUGAUUUGAGUACCGAAAAUGAAAAAUUUUUGGGUAAACUGGUCAGAGAAAAGUACGAUACCGAUUUUUACAUCUUGGAUAAGUUCCCUCUUGCAAUUCGUCCAUUCUACACUAUGCCAGAUCCAGUUGACUCACGUUACUCCAAUUCAUACGAUUUCUUCAUGAGAGGUGAGGAAAUCCUUUCAGGUGCUCAACGUAUUCACGAUCACGAUCUACUGCAAAAGAGAAUGAAGGAACACGGCCUAAGUCCUGAAGACCCAGGAUUGAAAGAUUACUGUGAUGCAUUUAGCUAUGGGUGUGCACCUCAUGCUGGUGGUGGUAUUGGUCUGGAAAGAGUAGUCAUGUUUUUCUUGGACCUGAAGAAUAUCAGAAGAGCCUCCUUGUUCCCAAGAGAUCCAAGGAGAUUGAAACCAUAG